AUGUUAUUAGUAGCGAAUAAAUUCCGUAAACGCAAAAUUAACGGCACAAGCGGAUUGUUGUGGAGAGAAAGUAAAGAUGACCAAGGACGGUCCUGCCCUGCAAAAGUCGAUGGAGAUUUAUUUUGGCCUGACACAGAAGAAUCAUCUUGCUCCACUUCUCAGCCCAUAUGCCUCAAUACAAAUUUAGAAAUAUCAAAAAGAUGUUGUGGGGAAAACUCUAUAUGGGAUGAAUCUCCGAAAUGUUAUUCACUCCAACAAGACAUAAUAAAUCCUUGUCCGGACGCAUUUGUUGGAGUAGACAACAUUUGUAUGUUUGCCAUAGUUACGACGUACCCUCCGAAUUGUCCAUUUGCGGAAACUUUGCCUUAUGACGAAUAUGCAGAAUAUAUUCAAACGGUUCAAUAUCCCAUUUGGUUACCGAUCAACAGAGAGGACGGAACAUAUGGAAAAGGUUUGUUCUACUGGAACGAGCAGUCCGAACUUUAUAAAACACCAAGCGGUUUUAACGUUUCUUACGAUGAACUGCUUUUAGAUAAUCAUUGUUUAAUUUUGAUUAAACCACAAUAUGUAAAAGCUGUGCCAUGUGACGAACUACAUACAGCUAUAUGUGCCUAUAGAACUUUACCAGAGAGAACAAAAUCAUUUUGCUCACAAACUUUGGGUCUGAAUUGUAAACAGAGUUCCUACUCUCCCAAAUCAGUAUGUUUCUGUAAACAAUAUCAAUCAAACGGAAAUAAAAUUGAGUUGCAGAUGCCAUACCAAAAUCUGCUUUACACAUCUCUAGAUGAAGUUUGUGACAUAGGAUUAGAAAGAAAAGACAAUCAAUAUUUUUGGACCUACUCAAAUGUAUCUAUUGAGUACACCAACUGGUCGCCUAAUACAGAAUUUGGUACAAAUUUUGCAUAUGGUGCCAUGUCUUCUGAUGGAUGGGUAUUGAGGGAAAACAAAUUUGAUAAUAAAUGUAGUCUUAUCGAGACAUUUCCUCCUAACCUCAACGAUUCGCUGGUUUUAAAUUAUAAUAAUAUAUCUUCUAUAUUUACUGUAUCGGUUACCAAUGCUGCUUACUGGAAGCAAAAAGAUAAUGUGGAGGAACCUUUGUUGUUUUGUUAUACCGAUGCAGCCGAAGAUUUAAUAGUGAAAAGAUUGGAUAUUACAAAAGGUAUUAAUAAUAAUAUUUUUACGUUUUUGGCAUCGGAUGGACCUGGACACUAUUGGUGUGAAGGAUUUUUAUAUCCAGAACUAGAAGUGAGAAAAUCUAACGUUUAUUUCUUACCACCAACUAAUCCUGAAUAUAUCGCAGUAUUCUUCCAUCAUUUUACAGCAGAUAACAAUCCACUUUCUACGGAAUAUCUGCAGUAUGUUCAAAACCUUCUCAAAACUGGAAUUCUAGAGAGUUUACCAUUAACUUCUCUGUACCCUCGGAUCAUGAAAAUAGUCGAUAUUUUUGCAACCAAUUCCACAGCCGUUUUAAAUUUUCAUUUAACAACGAAAACUGAUGUCGAUUUAUUCCAAACAUAUUCCGAUUUACUUAAUUUAGACGUAGAAAAUUUUUUUUUAACCAGCAUGUUAAUAUAUUCUACGUGUAUUGGAUCAGAGACACAAAAUGCAGAAGGCAAAAAGGUUUUAUGGCCAACAACACCGUUUGGAGAAACCGCUGUUAAACCCUUUAAUGAUUGGUGUGUCAAUAAGGAGGGAAUUGUUAUUACAAGGACUUGUGGAGGUAACUUUAUCGAUGGAGCUGUUUGGUCAGAAUUGGACAGAAAUUGUUUUAGUCCAGAAUCAGUGAGCCCUACGUUAAUUUUGGCAAAUUUACUUAAAAGUUGUGCGUUAAAGUAUCUAAAGCUGUUAGAAGAUUCCAGCUCAAGGAUUACAUCGCUCUCCGACUUCACUUCCUUAAUAAGUGGAAUUAUGCAAAUACCACCAACAAUUUUAAAGCAAUCUCAACAGACUUACAAGAGUACCGAUAGUAUUCUUCAUAGUGUUGGUAAAAUUUUAGAAAAAAUUGAUAAUGUUACCAGCGAAACAACUAAUUAUCUAUCAAUUGUUAUAUUUUCUAUUGAGGAUUUCUACAGCGACACUCUCAUAUGGACAAAAACUGAUAAUGAUGUCUACAGUAUUAAAUACGUCAAUUCAACUGAUAUGAAUAUUUUUGAACUAGAGCAAGAAGAAGACUUUGACUUGGGUCUUAGAUUUAACAAAGGUUUAAUAGAGAAUGCCACGAGAAGUAGUGAUUGUAAGAAAAUAAUAGUAAUUGCUUACUUCAAGCCCACGUUGUUUAACGAAGACGUUACAAGAAAUUACACUUCAACAGUAUUCACUACAAUAUUUCCAAAUUUAGACGAAACAAAUUCUGAUAUACAAGAUUUGGUGACAACCAUAUACAAGCACGAUAAUCCGUUAAGCGAAUAUAUUUGCUCGUACUGGACAGAAGGCUACUGGUAUCAUAAAAACGUAAUCGUAGAAAGUAACAAAACCUAUGUUUGUUCAUUUCAAAAAAUGGCUAAUGUUGCAAUGGUCUCCAAAGCUGAACUGAGCGAACUUCUGGUAGACUUUCUACAACUUGAGUGCGAUGAAGCAUUGGCGAAGACACUGAAAUUAUUGAAAGAACAUUUAAAUAGUUUUACUGCUGCAGAUGUUGAAAAACUCUAUUACCUCUUAAUAAAAUGUGAAGAUUUUACAGAUACGGAUAUAAUCAUGAACAUCAUUGAUAAAAUUUUACAAAUGCCCUUGAAAAUUAUUACACAUGCAAUGGAGAAUUAUUCGCUUAAUUUUCUUGAUUUAUUAGAAGCGAUUUUAGAAUGUCGACAAAAAUCAUACAUAUCUGAGUUCAAGCAUUUCGCGGUAGCCGCACAAUAUUUGAAGGAAGACAACCUCACCGGAUUUUAUAUAGAUUGCCAUCAGUUCAAGUGCCAAAUAGUUUUCACGCACGACUAUAACGAAAUCCAUCAAUAG